UGACCUUAUUAAGCGACCAGUACUUAAAACAAAAACAAAAAAAAUAAAUAAAACUAUAUAUAAUUAUUAUAAAUGUACUAAGUUCUAAGUUCUAAAAAUUAAAAUAAUAAAAAAAAUUGUAAAAUAAAUAAAAAAUAAAAGAACGAAAAAAAACAAUUGCAUGAAUUUUUUUGUACAUCCCCUCCAGUGUUUAACAGAAAAAAAACUAAAUAUGAUUUUUUUAAAUUUAAUAUGAUUUCUUUAAUGUAUAAAACUCUAAGUCCAAUGUAAUACUACAUCAAUUUGUUUUGUUAUACCAGAGAACAAAGAAAGUAAUAUUUUUGCAUAAGUCGAACAAUGGAAUCUUUCGAUUGUAUAUCAAGUGAUUCCGAAGAAGGACUGCUGGACGAAAUCAUAGUUGGCUGUAAUUAUCAAACCAAACACAUGAUGCAACGCCUCAAAUACCAACAACAUCAACAUCAAAUGCUCCAACAGCAGUAUCAGCAUCAGCAGCAACAUUCAGCCUCCCAGCCAUCCCUGGCCAUUGGCUAUUAUCAUAGCCAACCGUAUUUGUGUCAUAAGUCAUCGUAUGAUCCAAUGGAAUCACCCAUCCACUAUUGUGAUAAUACCACACAGAUGGAUGAGCAGCAAGCGAGUCCGGAGCAGGUCAAGGAAAACAAUAGGCAAAAUGGCGAAGCACAGUCGGAGCAAAGGUAUCAUCAAUAUCCGGUCAUGAUACGUUGCAGUUCCACCACCGAGAGUGAACUGAAUCUAAAAAUGGCUAAUGGUCAUAUGGGUAAUGCGAAUCGUGGAAGUAUUUGCUCCUCAGAAAGUACCACCAGUGUGACGGGAACUACCAUAAUGUCGCAUGAAGAUACAGAUCAAUCAUCCAUUACCACCCAGCUGGAGGUUUUCGAUUAUGAGUCGCAUAAUUUGAAAGAGAAUUUGAGUUUGAACAAUCUGACUGUGGCCCAUAGCCAGGCGGGAACGGGAGCGGGAACUUCAUCUUCCAACGCCCAUAGUGUGGCCAAUGCCAUUGGAGCCUCAUCAUCAUCGGCAGCGGCCAUAGCAGCCGCAGCGGCCUUGGGUCCAUCCUUCAACCACCAAUUGACCGCCGACAUGUGUAAUUUUAAGAACUCCAAGAGUCGUCGUUUGGAAUACUCGCUGAAAUGCCUAAAAUAUGGACGUAGCAAUCCUUCACAGGAUUCAGCAUUUGGUUCCCUAACCGAUAAUGAUCUUUCAACGGGAUCCUCCUUUCGUUUGAGCAGUUUCCAAUCAAUUUCAUCACCCAUAGAUGAGGGUGUGGAAGAUGUUAUAAUUGCCACAACAACAGCGGGUCUGGAGACCUGUUUGGAGUUGGCCACCGUUCCACGUAACAUGGUGUCACAGGAUUCGGCCAUAUCAUCUCCCUGUCGGGAAUCUUCUCCCAAUAAUUUUCUACACAUUGAGGAUGGUUCGUGUUCGGGUGCCUCUAGUUCUUCGGGAUCCACGGGUAACCUGAGACCUCAACACUUUCCGGUGUCGUUGUCACCGAAAAUUUUGGUCACAGCCACCACAAAUUCCAGCAACUCCAGCUUGGCCUCGACAUCGGGAUCGCAACAACAACAAUCGCAGCAGCAACAACAACAACAAAAUCCCACACAACAACAGUUUGAUCCCCCAAAAAUCCUGGUAAAUGAUCAAAAUUCCAUAUACACCACAUCACCCUCCAAGAAAUCGGGUACCAUUGAGGUAUUCUCCCAGAAAUAUCGGGUUAGCUCCUUUGAGGAUAUGUCCCCAGCAAAGCGCAGCAGUUCCAGUGACAAGCAACAUUUGAAAAAUGUUAAUCGUCUGGCUUUUCGUUCGCUGGAAGAGGAACGACGCAUUGAUAACGCCUUUAUGCCCAUUACCGAUCGGGUGCACUCCGACAAUCGGGUCAAUGUCCACAGUGAGAAGUACAAGAAAUUGACCCAUGCCUCAUUUCGCAUUAGCAAGACCUCCAGCCAGGUGACCAUGUAUGACACAUCGCCGGGCCAGAUGAUAACCUCCUCGCCUGGUAGCUCUACCAUGCUGGCCCAAUGUGGCCAAUCUCUGGAGUUGCAAAGACCAGCCACUGUGGUGGGUUCAUCCAGCUCCCGCCAAACCAUGUGGCGUGACAGCAAAUUCUAUCGUAAAAAUCGCAUUGCCAAGUCGAAUGAUUCCCUGCUGGAAACCUCGCCCAAUCACUCGGCCCGUCUGUCACCCUCUUCGCUGAGAGACAAUCACUAUGACAGCUCAUCCUCGUACGGCAGCCGAAGCCACAGUCGACAAUCAUUGAAUCGUGGCGGUUCCAUUAAUGAAAUAAUGGGAUCCAACCACACCCUCGGUCCGGAGAUAACAGUUACCACCAGUUUUUGCAAUCAAACCAAUUCCGCGUCAUCGCAGCACAGCAACAGUCGCCGUUACUGCAGCUCCAAGAGUGAAGAUCUCGGUGAUUCCAAUGAUUAUUUGCGCGUGAUGGAUGCUCGCAAAUCCUAUUCCGAGAGGCAUUUGGUGACCUUCGAAACGACUCUAAAACAGACAGCCAUCAAUAAUACCAUGCCGCUGGAUGGUAGUGAUCCAUACUAUCAGUCCGAGGAUGAUUUGAGUUUCAAAGAAGACAAUAAUGGUUACGGCGGGGCGGGAAAAUAUCAGAAUCAAAAUAUUCCACCACCGCUCCAGCCUCAAAGGCCACGUCAUUAUCAGCAAGGCAGUAAGACGCAUGCAGCCACUCACAAAUACAACAGCUACGACUAUCAUUAUCACCAGGCCUCCAAUUCGAAACAGCAGCAGGCAUCCUCUUCGUCUUCCUCGGCCAUCUCAUCGUUGACCAAGUCCGGAGGCAAUGGCAACACUGCUAAGCGUUCCCACCCAAAUCAGCUAAGCUGGAGCACAUGUUCAAUAAAUCGCCUAAAAACGACCAAUAUUAAGACCACCUCGUUGGCCACGUUACCCAACUGUCAACUGUCAGCGAAUUUAAGCAGUUCCUCGAGGGCUGCAACCGCCUACAAUUUAAGUCCACAGCAUCAGGGCCAGGCAUCGGCAUCAUAUCACUAUCAUCAACAUCGUUCACCCUCGCCAAAGCUGGCCUCGACAUCGGCCUCAACCUCGCCCACACCAUCAUCUUCGUCCACGAAUACCAACACCAAUUCCCAUCACCUAGAUACCACCAAGUCACCCAAGAAGUCCUCUUCACGCAAUCCCCUUGUGUUCAAGUCGUUAAACAACUCCUCCGGUUCCUCCAUUAAUGCAACAGCUGGGCCCGCUGGCGGAGGUGGUGAUACCAGCAGUGACAAUGGCAGUCAUAAUUUAAGCUUUGGCCCCAACACCUCCUCCUCCUCCUCGCCCGAUGAGUCGCCCACACAUCGUUCAAUCAGUGGCAUUGAGCUGGCCAAGAUCUUUUCAAUGGAUUCGAAGAGUGGUUCCAACAAUUGCAGUGAAGAGAAAACACCAUUACUGGAUAGUGUGGAAAUGUCACCUAUUAGCCCCACGGGUCCCGAGGAGGAGGACGACGACGAGAAAGAUGGUGAUCAUACUGAUUCCAACAGUCGUGCUGAAGCUGCCGCCACCGGCUCUCCCAAAGACACCAAAUAGAAUUCUCCCCCAGAAAAAAAAAACAAAAGAAAUUGUGAUAAAAAAUAUUAUUAAAACGAAUGGCAAAUUGCAUAAAAUGUAAUGCGAUAAGAAAAUGAGAGCAAAGCAAAAUGGAAACCAAAGUUCUUUAGCAAAUGAAAAAAAAAAUAAAUAGAAAUCCCAAUAAUAUUCAGUUAAGUAGUUGAGAAAUUUUAAUCCAAUUCCAUGGUAGAAGUUUAGGACAAAAUAAAAGCGAAAACAAAGUUGACUAGUGAAAAAACCACAACAAAAUAAAAACAAAAACAACACGAUAAUGCUUUCAAUCAAUUUAUGAUUAAGGUAGGGAUAUUUUAUGGAAGGGUGAAGGAAGGGGAAGGGAGAAAGAGGAUAAGUGAGAGAGAGAGAGUUCCACAUGUUAUUCGAAUAAUUUAAAUCAUAGCACUCAUUUUCACUCCGGAGCGAAAUUUACUCGAGUCUACUCUUAUUUACAGAGUCUACUCUUCGCUUCUUUGUUUUGUGCGGCAGCGCUCUCGGGAGGUACCGUUACAUGGGUGCUAUACAUAAACGUGGACCUGCAUACGAAAUUUUUUUGUCAUUGGCUGUAGUACUCAUUACGAACUUCAAAUACCAAAUUUGAAACAAUUCCGGUGAAUAAUGUCGCUAAAAUCAUCAAAAUACCGAAUAUCGGGAGGUACCGUGGGGGCUAUACGAAGACGUGGACCUACAUUGCCCAUUUUCAAUACCAAAAGUCCUGCAGACAUAAUAUACAUUAGAGUAAAUAUUUAUCAAUUUACUUCAUUUCGUUCGGAAGCUAGAGUGAUUUCCACAGACGGAUAGACAGACGGGCAUCGCUAAAUCGACAUAGAACUUCAUGCUAAUCAAGAAUAUGUACACUUUAUGGGGUCUAAAAUGUAAAUUACGAGGUGUUACAAACGGAAUGACAAACUUAAUCUACCCUCCAUACUAUGGUGGAGGAGGAGGUUUUUUUUAAUAUUUAUGAGUUUUUGGCGUUUAGAUAAGACUUAGACUUUUGACGCUUCUAAGACCUGUAGUAGAAUUUAAUGAAAAAAAAUUUUGAAGAAUAUUUUGACUUCCUAGGACUCCGUUUAGAGGGAGUUUUUAAACAUAUUUUGGAAAAAGGACCAAAAAGACCCUCUUUCUUGAUUUUGACGCUUUAGUGUUAAAGAAUCCAAAAAUACCAAUAUAAUUCUCGUGUUUUUAUCUGCAAUAUUGCCAAAGACACUAUAUACCUAAAUCAAACGGAUUCCAAGGAAUUUUAAUGUGAAAAUUUCAAAAAAUGUCCGGGAGAGGGCAACUUACUCCUUCUAUUUAGAUUAUUAUUAAAAAAUUCAAUUUUGUCGAAUAGUGUUAUAACAAAAGCUGUUUGUUUUAUUUUCUCUUCUACGUUUGUAGUCCCUCUCCCUCUCUCUCUCUCUCUCUCUCUUCGCUCUUUCUCUAACCAUAAAGAAGUCUAAUGAAGCAAAGUGAAGUAGCCGUAAAAAAAUGUAAUUUUAAGUAUUAAACAAAGCUUUCUGCAAAAACAAUAAUUUCUCUAUUAAAAAAAAAAACA